CCCACCGCGCAGCAGAACCCGCUCGCUCCGGUAGAGAACACUUCCAAGACACGGACUGCUAUAACAUUCUCUCUGGAGCAUUUCAGGAGUUCUUACACAUGGGAAGAUGCAUUCGGGCAUCCCUGAGAAAGCGGGCUCGCAGAGGAAACGGACGCUGUCCCGGGGAAUGAGCGAGGACGAGUCUCUGCAGCACAUCAUCAGAGACGCAGAAGAAUCGAGCAGACACCUGUCACGCAGCGAUAGCAGAUAUGGAUCAUUAAAACGAGGACAAAGACGAGAAAGCAAUAGUGAAGAUGAUCUUCAUUCUGAAAACCUGGAAACUAUGGAGGUGAGAGCCAGCUACGAGGACUGUCUGCUGGAGGUGCGCACCCUGGAGGCUCUUCUGUUCCAGGUGGACUGUCUUCAGGACGCCCUCGAGAGCACGGAGGAGAUGCUCGCUGAGACCCAGAGAGACAACCACAGUCUCACCAUGGAACUGGAGCGAGAACGAGCGAUGAGGAGGACGUCGGAGGACAUCAUUGCCUCAUUAAAGCGGGAGCUGGAGAGGUCACGAGAGGAGAGAGCUGGUGAGCGGCGUCAGUGGAGCGAGGGGACGUCCGUGCACUGGGACGAACACACACACACACACACUGCAGAGGAUCUGAACACAAGCCUGUUUCUCAGUCUGAAGCACCAAGCUCAGAGCGCAGAGGAGAACGAUGAGAGCAGCGGAUAUGAAGACGCUCCGUCUGAGUUCUCUCCCACUCCACACACAGAAGAGGAGGGAGACUCCAAAAACACUGAUUCUUGUGCUCUCUCUUAAAUCACUCUUAAAGUGCUGAUGAACCUAGAUUUAUUCAUUCGUCUGCUAGGAGUCUGACACUUCAGCCAAGGUGGCUUCUUUUGAACAGCCUUUGCACAAGCUAACAGCUUUAAAAUGAAGAUUGCUUUGUUUUUCUCAUCAGUCCACAAAAUGAUUCAGGAAAGAAGGGAUCUGCACCUUGUUUCUGUUGGUAAAUUCAGUGUGGUUUUUUGUGUGUUGGACUUUGUUACAGUUCUGUUCACCUUGCUAUUACACAAGCAAGACAAGACACAAGGUAGUACUCUGUGUCUGUGUUUCAGCAUUAUUUUAUCAUAUCGUAUUAAUAAUCCAGUGACAACAAUCACUUUAAGCUCAAAAUGCAGUGAGGUGUUGUGUGAAAGCUGUUUUCUUCUGGAUGACACUGUCCUAGCUGCAAACCAGCUGUGAACUAGACGCACGUGUUUAAAGCACAGGGGGUUACACCAGAUAUUAUUCUUAUUCGACUUGUUUUAAAGCAGCGGCAUGUAGUUUUGUGACCCCUACACUUCAGUGAGUGUUUUCCAUCUACUGUCAUGAAUACAGGAGCUGUUUCUGCAGUAAAACAAUCCAUCUUUCUGUGGAAUAUAGUUCCUCCCAGAACAGACGAGUGUGAAACUAACACGAGCCAUGCCUUAUUACAUCAGUGUCCUGAUAUCUCAAGAUAUUUCUAAUGACAAAACAUCUGUUCUUCAGAGGACUCUUGUUCAUAUGAAAUCUAAUAUUUAUAUAUAACAUUAUUAGCAGCUUUGAUUCUUAUUACUAAAGUUUAAACAUUUUUUGUCAUGUUUUAUUUCAAGAUCCAGUUCUUGCUAUUAAGAAACCACGACUUUUGCCUCAGUAAAUGUUAGGUCUUGGGCAGGAUUAUGUAGAAUAUGGAUGUGUUAUUAAUACGCAUGCUGUUCUUAUCUCUUCUUUCUUCCCCACGAGAUCUUGAUUCUCAGCUCAUUUCUGAUUCUUCCUGUUACUGUAACUGAUGAUUCAACAUGAGAUGUUUGUACUAUUAAACUAAGGGGGUUUUAUAUUUGAAAGGGAAGGGUUCGUAAAAAAUGAUUUGUGUGUUUGUAGUGUUUUUAUUAAAUAUCUCUCAAAAUGGAUGUAUUUUUUUAAUGUUUCUGCAGCACCUGUGUGUUCAGCUGAAUAAUAAGAAUAGUUCAGGUGUAGUGUAUCUGAUCUUAUUCUCUUUCACUCCAACAGAUUCAGUUCUCACUCUUUCACUGCUAUUUCAGCCUUCUCUGAUGUUUAAUAUGAGUUCUCCAGUAGAUGUAGUAGUUAUCAGGCUUUAGUUGUAAGGAUGUGAGUUAUUACUCUCAGAGAGGAUGCUGGGUCUCGUGUUGAAGAACACUGCUGCGAUUACGUUCCUGGUCUGUAAAGGUUUCUCAGGAUGGCAUCUUUAACUGAUGGACAGAUGAAGCCCUGAAGCUUUAAGGCUUUAUUCUGAUCUGAAUGAUUGAUACACUGCCAGCGGUGGACAGUAAAUGAGUGACCGCAGGAGCACCUCAUCCAAACAAAUGCAUCAUUCUGAUCCCUGUUCAUGUUGGUUUUUUGUGCAAAAUAAAAUGUUUUGAAUGUUUCAA